GCGGUGGCACAGGCCUUGUUCAGUGCACUCAGUUCAGUGGUCUCGGAGGCUCUCAUUCUCUCAGGGUGUUCUCAGCUGUCAAUGCGUUCUCGGUCUCUCAGGGUGUCUCAAUUACAGUUACAAUUUGAAUCUAUAGAGCUGAAUUGCAAAGCGAGUGCCAAAGACGGUGACAGGUCGCUACAGGCAGGUACACGUAAAUAGGGAGCAGGAGAAGAGAUGGCGGAGGGAUGCCGUACAGGGGAGGCGGACAUUGUGGGGAAGAGGCGAGGGAGGUGCCACCAAGCUGGCACUGGCAGUCGGAUGCCAGUCGGAUGCCAGUCCAGCCGUCGAGCUGCUCUCCUCAGGCUGUCACCGCCCAGUGGGUGCCGGAGUGCCGGGCGGAAGUUGAAGAUUACAAAGCCCGCGUUACGUCAAAGGAAGCGGGCGUGCAGGGUUUAUAUUGGGGCUCCGCGCUGGGCAGACUUUGUUUUCUUCGUCUCCCGCCCCGCCCGCCACUUUGAGUCGGAGCACGCCUCCCCAGCCAGCUCAGCGAACGUCGGCACCGCUUCACAUAGUGAGUGUGACCUCUUCCUCAUCGUCGAUCACGUUGACCUCGCCUCUCAUGCAGCCCUCCCGCCCCCCGCCCCUCUCCCGCCCUACACCCCCUCCUCCUGCCAUACUAGUUUGCCUUGCUUCUCGGCACGUGUGCGAACGUCCUAGUCAGCUGCCACUCCAGAGUCGAUCACAACCUUCCCCAUCCCGACUUCAUGGCGGACGCCAACCCCGAUAGCGACGGGCAGCAGCAGCAACCCGCCGCGACUCCACCGCCGCCGUCCUCCGAUACGAUCACUCCUUCGAUGACCGUUCACCCCGUCAACUCUGGCGGAGGCGUCACCACGACUUUCAGUGGCAUGCCGAUGCACAUGUAUCCCUUCCCACCGGGUAUGGUCAACAACAAUGCUCCUCGUACCAAGCGCAGGCAGGUCAAGAACGCCUGCACCAACUGCCAGAAGGCCUGCAAGAAGUGCGACGAUGCUCGCCCUUGCCUCCGCUGCGUCAAGUACGGCAUAGCGGAGGAGUGCAUUGACUCCCAGCGUAAGGAACGCCAGAAAGGGAUCAAGCGAGGGCCUUACAAGAAGCGCGAUGGAAAAUCCAACACUGUCGAGCAGCAGCUCGACGUGUCGGUGCAGCCGGCUCCGAACCAGUUGCCGGCUGCUUCAACUGCGGCUCCCGCUGGGGUACCUCAAGCAAUGCCCUACAUGCCCUUCCCCGGCUUCAUGCAGUACCCAGCCGGGAUGGCUCCUGCUAACAUGAAGCCUGGUGAGAUGCCCUUUAUCAUGCCGCAGAUUGUCUUCGCGCCCCUUCCGGGUCCUAUGCAAGACGGUGAGACCACUGCGUACCCGCAGGCUCAGUUCUUGCCGAUCGCUUUUGCAGGAUACCCUCAUUAUCCCCCUCCUCUCAUGCUCCCUCAACCUGCUCAUGGGAGGCCCGACGGGCAGAUGAUGAUGAUGCCGCCCUAUGGGUAUCAGCAGCAAUACAUGAAGAGUCCGACGCGCGAGAUGUCCAACGAGGUGGGUCCUCAGGGUAUGGAUCCCAGUUCCCCUCGUCGCGACCCUCGUAUGGACCACGGUCGCAUGACCGAGGGCAUGUCUGGCUCUCACCUCAACGGCGGUGGCAGGGACUAAUCGCAUCAAUUCUGGAUAACCCGUGUAUCAUCAACUCGAACAUAACUUCUCCCUAUAGUUCUCUCUGGUGCGAUCUCUUUGCUGUGUACGAUAGUGUUGGAUGCUGUCUAUGCCCUCCCUUUUGCCUGUCUCCAUAUAUUCCCCCCUUCUUGUUUUCGUCUCGCGUUUCGUCAUUGUUGUUGUGUCUGUACUAUCAUCUCUGGACUUGAAUAUCAGUUGUGUGCUCUGUUGUCUGUUACCCUUACUUCG